GCAAUCACAAAAAGUUGUGCAUGUUUGGCUGAAGCCUCGACUUCCUCCGAGGGCUUUCGUUAUCUCUCGUCAAAGAAUCUGAUUGAAGCGACGCGAUUAUGUGACUACACUGGAGGCUAACUGUACCUGACGCGACAAGGAAUUUUACCCUGUCGAACGAUGACAGCAGUAGAAGGGCUGGAGAGUGGACACCAAUUGCAGGGAGCGGAAUCGAAGAUGGAAGUGACGACGGAUCGGCGAAGUGGCAGUCAUUAUUGAGAAUCCCAAAUAAAGUCUUGAGUCUUUGCUGGAUGGCUGCCUUGCUCUUCGCCCACUACUUACUCUGACCCACUACCAUGCCUCGUUUUCUUCAUCUCUAUGCGAUCCCGCCUUCUCUAUUAUUCCUCGUCCCGCUUCUCUCCAUCGUCCUUAUUAUUGCUUUUCGUCUUCGCAUUGUUUCUCUUCCUUUGUGCUCGUUUAUCCCCGUCUUCACAAUCGCCUUGUUCUCCCUUCUCGUUGGUGGAUUUGGUCUUGCAGUGCUGAGAGAGCAGUCGGGUAACGCAAUGGAGAGCAUUGAGGCCGUAUUUCUGACGCUGCUGAGGCUGGAACUCGCGAUAUGCCUCAUUUACCUAAUAUCCGCGUCGGUGAAGCCAGAGACAAUACCACGACGUCAGAUUUGUAUAUACAAUGCCAUUCUAGCCCUUGUAAUUGUAUGCGCCACAUUGGUUUCAUUUAUUUCACCUUUUAUACAGCCGAAGAUCCCGCCUCUGCUCCCGCCGUUUCUCUAUCUUCUUUUCGCCACGCUGUCUCUUCCACUUCUCACUUAUAUAUGUCUCGUGGCUCUUUCGCAUCCUGUUGCUUUGAGGCCACCUACGCCGCAGCCUCUUCAAAUAUCACCAGCUCCACCAUCUGCACUUUUGUUUUCACCUGACACUCCGCCGCCGUCGCCUUCAAGCUUCAAACGAUUUUCUUUCGAUUCGACCGGGGAUCCAGGUGUCCUUCAAAUUCCCGAACCUAUGCAUUCGCAUCCGAGCAUUACCCGUCAAAAGCACGCCAAUGACACCAUUCUCCCCAUCCACGUCCGCAUCCUAGAGCGACUUACUCGUGACCGAACAGACACAACCCGAGCACCACGUAGCAUUGAUGCACAGGGAUAUCAUCGCGCCGUAUCCCUAUUCCUCUUGGUGGCUCAGAUAUCAGCAUUGCUGUCAUUUGCAUUUGAUAUAUGCGUCGUGGUGAUCGUACAAAGUUUUUCGGAUAAUCAGGGACGCACCGGAACCGCAUCAGAGAUACUGAACGAGAUAAACCUCGAUGUAUGGAAGGCGUCCAUUGUAUUUCGGUCCCUAAAAUGCAUUUUCACCGUAUUUUGGGUUGGGUGCAUUAUGUUUGCUUGGCUAGAUCACCCUCACCUCAGAUCGCCUGUUGACUAUUCUAGCACGCCCAUGUCGUGGACUCCUGAAGCUCCCCAAGAACAUCGCCUCCGUCCUCGCCCGCCAAACAUAUCAUCAUCGUUCUGCUCACCCAACUUGAAGCGCAGCACCACAAUUUCACGGAUUGCAUCCCGCGCACGUUCGCCUCGAGUAGAGUCCAGCACUGCUCAUAGAAACCCGUCGCCUUCACCGUUACCCCAACGAGCUUAUUCCAAUAUCUUAGACGGAAUCAGGAGCAGCUUUCACUCACAUCGUUCAAGCAUGCCCAACCGACCCCAAUCUACUCUCACGUCCCAGCCGCGCUCAGACCCGCAGAGACGAAGGCGGAGAUUCCCUUCACUCCACAUCACCGUCCCUUCAAUUCCGAGAAGACCCCAUUCGUCAGGUUACUUGUAUCCCCCGCAAGCGCAGUCACCGCCGCGUUUGCCGCCGCUCGACAUCUGUAAUCUUAUCGACCCUUUUGCUCCGCCUUCACCAGGGGCGGUAUGCUCAUAUGAUCCUCGGCGGCAGUCAGCCAUGAAUGUCAGUGAAGAGGGCGUUGCGGGGACGCGACUGGGUGCACGGGGAUCUCAGACGUUACCUCCUAAGAGACCGCCGCCACGAUCGCGUUCGCGUCGAGGUGGUGCGAGCGUCAGCGGUGGUGCUAUUGUUCAAGAGGCGAUGUUGGCUGAAAAGCUACUGGAAAGAUUAGAUUCGGAGUGUUCGAGUUGAUCUGAUUCGUUUACUUUUCCGUUCCUUUCUUUUCACUCCCUUUAUCAUUGGGCUGUUGUUACACUAGUUCACGCUUGCAGCAUGUCAUAAAGCUUUGUUUUUAUUCGGUAUUUUUUUUUUGCCUUUUUGAAUGGUGGUUGUAUUUGUAUUGUACAGUACCUGCUCCAGGGCCACGCUAGGUAGCCGCAAUACGUACUGUUGUAGUUAUAGACGUAAAUAUUAUUGUAUACAAGUUACUGGACUUGUUCAACCAAAAGGCGAGUGGACCCA